AUGACCAGAUAUGGGAACCGGUUGCUUUCCCGGCUGGACGGAUGCCAUGGUUCUGUUCGUACCUUUGGACCAUGGCUGCUGCUGAAGCUCCCUUAUACCAGCUGCCACAUGGUGGCAUUAUGGACUUCUAAUGGAACGUGGUUUCACCAGUUGAAACUGCGUUAUUUCGACCACCUGCUGCAGGCGAGCGUGACGGCUGUGGCCGCCUGCGAGAAUCCGGCAACGUCACUGCAACCGGCGUCGCCGCUGGUGACGUGCAGAACGACAGCCGUCACUGUGAAUUUGCCUUAUGGAACAAGUCUGAAGAGGGUCAAAGCUCUGGGUGAAGAGGGGGUAGUUGGGAGAGCGCUCACAACAAAGAUCCCCGGCGGAGUGUUGGUGGAGAUAUCGACGGCAGCUGACGCGGAUUCCAUCUUUGAGAUGAUUUAUGAUGACUCUGCUGGGGUAAUGUGGGGGAUGCUGGCGGCUUGUUUCAAAUCAGAAAGUAUAAAGGAGAAGGAUCGUUACCCAAGAUCUUUGGAACAUCCACACUGGAACCGUUGGAAGCUUUGGUAUCUUGAGGACCUUCUUCUUCCAUCGUUCAUUCCAGAACCAAAACAGUUGUUCGUGCCACAAACAGAAGCAGAAAUAUUUGAGUUGUGGUUAUUUUAUGAAAUUCCUAAUGGAACGUUUACUGGAGAAACAAUAGCUGCUCUAACCAGCGCCUCCACCAGCACUGUUCCAACCACCACAGGUGAAUCAACAACCAAGGCGUUCACAACUGGUGCUCCAACCACCACCAGUGCUGCUCCAACCACCAUUAUUGCUCCAAUCAACGUUUCCACUGCUCCAACUUUGUCAACCAGCCCCUCUCCAACCAGCACAGCUACUUCAAGCAACGCCUCCACCACUGCUGCUCCAACCACUGCUGCUCCAAUCACCACCACACCUGUUUCAACCGCCACCACAGCUGUUUCAACCACCACCACAGCCACUCCAACCAGCGCCUCCACCAGCACUGUUCAAACCACCACAGGCGAAUCAACAACCAAGGCUUUCUCAACUGCUGCUCCAAUCAGCGCAGCUCCAACCAUCAAGACCACCACCACAGCUGCUCCAAAAACAACCACAGCUGCUUCAAACAGCGCCUCCACUAGUGCUGCUCUAACAAGCACCACAACCACUCCCACCACCAGUGCCGCUCCAAAAAGCGCCUCCACCAGCCUCCACCUGCACUGUUCCAACCACCACAGGGCUCCUCCAACUACGAGAACUCCUCCAACCACCAGUUCCACUCCAGCAACUACCACAGCUGCUUCAAAAAGCGCCUCCACGAGCGCCGCUCUGCCAAGCACAACAGCCACUCCCACCACAUCUACCACUCCAAAUUGCGCCGUUCCGACAACUACAAGCACUCCUCAAAUCACCAGCUCCGCUCCAACAACUACCACAGCUGCUCCAAACGGCGUCUCCACUGCUCCAAAUUUGUUAACCAGCCCCUCUCCAACCAGCACAGAUACUUCAGGCAACGCCUCCACCACUGCUGCUCCAACCACCAAAGCUGCUUCAAUCACCACCACAGCUGUUUCAACCACCACCACAGCCACUCCAACCAGGGCCUCCACCAGCACUGCUCCAACCACCAAAGCUGCUUCAAUCACCACCAUAGCUGUUUCAACCACCACCACAGCCGCUCCAACCAGGGCCUCCACCAGCACUGCGCCAGCCACCAAUGCUGCUUCAAGCACCAACAAAGCUACUCCAACCAGUGCCUCCACCAGCACUGUUCCAACCACCACAGGUCCAUCAACCACCACAGCUGCUUCAACCAUCACCAAUGCCGCUCCAACCUGCGCCACUACAUCUACUAGCGCUGUUCCUACCACCACUACUGCAUCAACAACCGUGGCGUCCGGCUGUGCCCCUCCAGCCACAACUGUUCCUACCACCACGAGUGCGGCUCCAAAGACCAUUACCGCUCCAACCUGGGCAGCUCCAACGAUCAAGAGCACUGCUCCCACCACCAAUACUACUACAAACAGUACUGUUCCUCCAGCUACGAGCACUCCUUCAAUCACAAGCUCUGCUUCAACAACCACCACAGCGGCUCCAACCAGCGCCUCCAACAGCACUGUUCCAACCACCGCAGGUGAAUCAACAACCAAUGCCUUCACAACUGGUGCUCCAACUACCACCACUGCUGCUCCAACCACUAUUGCUGCUCCAAUCAGCGCAGCUCCAACGAUCAAGUGCACUGCUCCAACCACCACAGCCGCUCCAACAACUACCACAGCUGCUCCAAACGGCGUCUCCACUGCUCCAAAUUUGUUAACCAGCCCCUCUCCAACCAGCACAGAUACUUCAAGCAACGCUUCCACCACUGCUGCUCCAACCACCAAAGCUGCUUCAAUCACCACCGUAGCUGUUUCAACCACCACCACAGCCGCUCCAACCAGUGCCUCCACCAGCACUGUUCCAACCACCACAGGUCCAACAACCACCACAGCUGCUUCAACCAUCACCAAUGCCGCUCCAACCUGCGCCACUACAUCUACUAGCGCUGUUCCUACCACCACUAAUGCAUCAACAACCGUGGCCUCCGGCUGUGCCCCUCCAGCCACAACUGUUCCUACCACCACGAGUGCAGCUCCAAAAACCAUUACCGCUCCAACGAUCAAGAGCACUGCUCCCACAACCAAUACUACUACAAACAGUACUGUUCCUCCAACUACGAGCACUCCUUCAAUCACAAGCUCUGCUCCAACAACCACCACAGCGGCUCCAACCAGCGUCUCCGACAGCACUGUUCCAACCACCGCAGGUGAAUCAACAACCAAGGCCUUCACAACUGGUGCUCCAACUACCACCACUGCUGCUCCAACCACUAUUGCUGCUCCAAUCAGCGCAGCUCCAACGAUCAAGUGCACUGCUCCAACCUCCACAGCCGCUCCAACAACAACCACAGCUGCUUCAAACAGCGUCUCGACCAGCGCAGCUCUAACAAGCACCACAACCACUCUCACCACCAGUGCCGCUCCAAACAGUGCUUCCACCAGCACUGUUCCAACCACCACAGGCGCAUCAACAACCAAGGCCUUAAUUACUGCUGCUCCAAACACCACAGCUGCUUCAACCACCACCAGUGCCGCUCCAACCAGUGCCUCCACCAGCACUGCUCCAACCACCACAGCUGCUUCAACCAUCACCGGUGCCGCUCCAACCUGCACCACUACAUCUACUAGCGCUGUUGCUACCACCACCAGUGCAUCACCAACCAUGGCCUCUGGCUGUGCCCCUCCAGCCACAACUGCUGCUCCAACCACCACCAGUGCGUCUCCAAAAACCAUUACCGCUCCAACGAUCAAGAGCACUGCUCCCACCACCACUACUACUACAAACAGCGCUGUUUCUCCAACUACGAUCAUUCCUCCAACCACCAGUUCCGCUCCAAAAACCACCACAGCGGCUCGAAACAGCGCCUCCACCAGUGCCGCUCUAACAAGCACCACUCCCACCAUAUCUACCACUCCAAAUAGCGCUGUUCCGACAACUACGAGCACUCCUCAAAUCACCAGGUCCGCUCCAACAACCACCACAGCUUCUCCAAAAAGCGUCUCCACUGCUCUAACUUUGUCAACCAGCCCCUCUUCAACCACCACAGCUGCUUCAAGCAACGCCUCCACCACAGCUGCUCCAACAACCACCACAGCGGCUCCAACCAGCGCCUCCGACAGCACUGUUCCAACCACCGCAGGUGAAUCAACAACCAAGACCUUCACAACUGGUGCUCCAACCACCACCACAGCUGCUCCAAUCAGCGCAGCUCCAACGAUCAAGAGCACUGCUCCCACCACCACUACUACUACAAACAGCGCUGUUCCUCCAACUACAAUCAUUCCUCCAACCACCAGUUCCGCUCCAACAACCACCACAGCUGCUUCAAACAGCGCCUCCACCAGCACUGUUCCAACCACCACAGGCACAUCAACAACCAAGACCUUCACCACUACUGUUCAAUACAGCACAGCCACUCCAACUGCGAGCACUCCUCCAAUCACCAGCUCAGCUCUAACCACCACCACAGCUGCUCCAAGCAGCACAGGUGAAUCAACAACCAAGGCCUUCACUGCCGCUCCAACCACCACAGGUGCUUCAACCACCACCAGUGCCGCUCCAACCAGCGCCUCCACUAGCACUGUUCAAACCACAACAGCUGCAUCAACAAACAAGGCCUUCAGCACUGUUGCUUCAACCACCACAGCUGCUUCAACCACCACCACAGCUGCUCCAACCAGCACAGGUGAAUCAACAACCAAGGCCUUCACUGCCACUCCAACCACCACAGCUGCUUCAACCACCACCAGUGCCGCUUCAACCAGCGCCUCCACCAGCACUAUUCCAACCGCCACAGGCGCCACAACAAACAAGGCCUUUACCACUGCUGCUCUAACCUCCACAGCUGUUUCAAGCACCACCAGUGCCACUCCAAUCAGCGCAGCUCUAACGAUCAAGAGAACUGCUCCCACCACCAUAGCCGCUUCAACAACAACCACAGCUGCUUCACACAGCGCCUCCACCAGCGCUGCUCUAACAAGCACCACUACCACCACUCGAAACAGCGCCGUUCCGACAACUACGAGCACUUCUCCAACUACCAACUCCGUUCCAACAACCACCACAGCUGCUUCAGAGAGUGCCUCCACCAGCGCUGUUCCAAUAUUAUCAACCAGCGCCUCUCCAACCACCACAGCUGCUUCAAACACCAUCAGUGCCGCUCCAACCAGUGCCUCCACCAGCGCUGUUCCAACCGCCACAGGCGCAUCAACAACCAAGGCCUUCACCACAGCUGCUUCAAGCACCAGUAGUGCCGCUCCAACCAGCGCCUCCACCAGCACUGUUCCAAACGCCACAGGCGCAUCAACAACAAAGGCCUUCACUUCUUCAACCACCACAGAUGCUUUAACCACCACCAUUGCCGCUCCAAUCAGCACAGCUUCAACGAUCAAGAGCUCUGCUCCAACCACCACAGCCGCUCCAACAACAACAACCACAGCUGCUUCAAACAGCGUUCCGACCAGCGCCACUCUAAUAAGCACCACAGCAACUCCCACCACAUCUACCACUCCAAAUAGCGCUGUUCUGACAGCUACGAGCACUCCUCAAAUCACCAGCUCCGAUCCAAAAAGCAUCUCCACUGCUCACACUUUGUCAACGAGCCCAGCUACUUCAAGCAGCGCCUCCCCCACUGAUGCUCCAACCACCACGGCCACUUCAACCACCACCAGUGCCACUCCAAUCAGCGCAGCUCCAACGAUCAAGAGCACUGCUCCAACCACCACAGCCGCUUCAACAACCACUAAGGCUGCUCCAAAAAGCAUUUCCACUGCUCCAACUUUGUCAACCAGCCCAACCCAAACCAGUACAGCUGCUCCAAGCAGCGCCUCCACCACUGAUGCCCAGACCACCACAGCCGCUUCAACAACAACCAGUGCCACUCCGACCAGCGCCUCCACCAGCACUGCUCCAACCACCACAGCUGCUUCAACCACCACCACAGCCACUCCAACCAGCGCCUCCACCAGCACUGCUCUAACCACCACAGCUGCUUCAACAACAACCACAGCUGCUUUAAACAGCGCCUCCACCAGCCUCCACCUGCACUGUUCCAACCACCACAGGCCUCCUCCAACUACAAGAACUCCACCAACCACCAGUUCCACUCCAACAACAACCACAGCUACUUCACACAGCGCCUCCACGAGCGCUGCUCUGCCAAGCACAACAGCCGCUCCCACCACAUUUACCACUCCAAAUAGCGCUGUUCCGACGACUACGAGCACUGCUCAAAUCACCAGCUCCGCUUCAACAACCACCACAGCUGCUCCAAACAGCGUCUCCACUGCUCCAACUUUGUCAACCAGCCCCUCUCCAACCAGUACAGCUACUUCAAACAACGCCUCCACCACUGCUGCUCCAACCACAACAGCUGCUUCAACAACAACCACAGCUACUUCACACAGCGCCUCCACCAGCGCGGCUCUAACAAGCACCACUACCACCACUCCAAACAGCGCCAUUCCGACAACUACGAGCACUCCUCCAACUACCAGCUCUGUUCCAACAACCACCACAGCUGCUCCAAUCGCCACAGGCGCAUCAACAACCCAGGCCUUCACAACUUCUUCUCCAACCAGCACAAGUGCUUUAACCACCACCAGUGCCGCUCCAAUCAGCGCAGCUCCAACGAUCAAGAGCACUGCUCCAACCACCACAGCCGCUUCAACAACAACCACAGCUUCCACCACUGCUGCUCCAACCAGCGCCUCCACCAGCACUGUUCCAACCGCCACAGGCGCAUUAACAACCAAGGCCUUCACCACUGCUGCUCCAAACACCACAACUGCUUCAACAACCACCACAGCUGCUUCAGACAGCGCUUCGACCAGCGCCGCUCUAACAAGCACCACAACCACUGCCACUCCAAACAGCGCCGUUCCGACAACUACGAGCACUCCUCCAAUCACCAACUUCACUCCAACAACCACCCCAGCUGCUCCAAAAAUCAUCUCUACUGCUCCAACUUUGUCAACCAGCCCUCCCCCAACCAGCACAGCUGCUUCAAAAAGCGCCUCCACCAGCGCCGUUCUAACAAGCACCACAGCCACUCCCACCACCAGUGCCGCUCCAACCAGCGCCUCCAACAGCCUCCACCUGCACUGUUCCAACCACCACAGACCUCCUCCAACUACAAGAACUACUCCAACCACCAGUUCCACUCCAACAACUACCACAGCUGCUUCAGAAAGCGCCUCCAUGAGAGACGCUCUGCCAAGCACCACAGCCACUCCCACCACAUCUACCACUCCAAAUAGCUUCGUUCCGACAACUACGAGCACUCCUCCAAUCACCAACUCCACUCCAACAACCACUACAGCUGCUCCAAAAAGCGUCUCCACUGGUCCAACUUUGUCAACCAGCCCCUCUCCAACCAGCACAGCUGCUCCAAGCAGCACCUCCACCACUGAUGCUCCAACCACCAAAGCUGCUUCAACAACAACCACAGCUGCUUCACACAGCGCUUCCACCAGUGCUGCUCUAACAAGCACCACUACCACCAUUCCAAACAGCGCCGUUCCGACAACCACCACAGCUGCUUCAAGAAGUGCCUCCACCAGCGCUGUUCCAAUUUUAUCAACCAGCCCCUCUCCAACCACCACAGCUGCUUCAAACACCACCAAUGCAGCUCCAACCAGCGCCUCCACCAGCACUGUUCUAACCGCCACAGAUGCGUCAACAACCAAGGCCUUCACCACAGCUGCUUCAAGCACCAGUAGUGCCGCUCCAACCAUCGCCUCUACCAGCACUGUUCCAAACGCCACAGCCGCAUCAACAACAAAGGCCUUCACCACUGCUUCUCCAACCACCGCAGGUGCUUUAACCACCACCAUUGCCGCUCCAAUCUGCGCAGCUCCAACGAUCAAGAGCACUGCUCCAACCACCACAGCCGCUUUAACAACAACCACAGCUGCUUCACACAGUGCUCCCACCAGCGCAGCUCUAACAAGCACUGCAGCCACUCCCACCACCACUACCACUUCAAACAGAGCCGUUCUGACAACUACGAGCACUCCUCCAAUCACCAACUCCACUCCAACAACCACCACAGCUGCUUUAAAUAGCGCCUCCACCAGCCUCCACCUGCACUGUUCCAACCACCACAGGCCUCCUCCAACUACAAGAACUACUCCAACCACCAGUUCCACUCCAACAACUACCACAGCUGCUUCAGAAAGCGCCUCCACGAGCGCCGCUCUGCCAAGCACCACAGCCACUCCCACCACAUCUACCACUCCAAAUAGCGCCAUUCCGACAACUACAAGCACUGCUCAAAUCACCAGCUCCACUUCAACAACAACCACAGCUGCUUCACAGAGCGCCUCCACCACUGCUGCUCCAACAAGCGCCUCCACCACUGCUGCUCCAACUUUAUCAACCAGCACAGCUGCUCCAACCAGCGCCUCCACCAGCACUGUUCCAACCGCCACAGGCGCAUUAACAACCAAGGUCUUCACCACUGCUGCUCCAAACACCACAACUACUUCAACCACCACCACGGCUACUUCAAACAGCGCCUCAACCAGCGCCGCUUUAACAAGCACCACAACCACUCCAAACAGCACCAUUCCGACAACUACGAGCACCCAUCCAUCCACCAGCUCCGCUUCAACAACCACCACAGCUGCUCCAAAAAGUGCCUCCACCAGCGCUGCUCCAACUUCCACAGCUGAUUCAACCACCAUCAGUGCCGCUCCAACCAAUGCCUCCACCAGCGCUGUUCCAACUUUAUCAACCAGCAGAGCCGGUCCAACAAGCGCCUCGACCAGCACUGUUCCAACCGCCACAGGCGCAUUAACAACCAAGGCCUUCACCACUGCUGCUACAAACACCACAACUGCUUCAACCACCACCACAGCUGCUUCAGACAGCGCUAAGACCAGCGCCGCUCUAACAAGCACCACAACCACUCCCACUCCAAACAGCGCCGUUCCGACAACUACGAGCACUCCUCCAAUCACCAACUUCACUCCAACAACCACCACAGCUGCUCCAAAAAGCAUCUCCACUGCUCCAACGUUGUCAACCAGCCCCCCCCAAACCAGCACAGCUGCUUCAAACAGCGCCGCUCUAACAAGCACCACAGCCACUCCCACCACCAGUGCCGCUCCAACCAGCGCCUCCAACAGCCUCCACCUGCACUGUUCCAACCACCACAGGCCUCUUCCAACUACAAGAACUCCUCCAACCACCAGUUCCACUCCAACAACUACCACAGCUGCUUCAGAAAGCGCCUCCACGAGCGACGCUCUGCCAAGCACCACAGCCACUCCCACCACAUCUACCACUCCAAAUAGCUUCAUUCCGACAACUACGAGCACUGCUCAAAUCACCAGCUCCACUUCAACAACCACCACAGCUGCUCCAAACACCACCAAUGCCCCUCCAACCAGCGCCUCCACCAGCACUGUUCUAACUGCCACAGAUGCAUCAACAACAAAGGCCUUCACCACUGCUUCUUCAACCACCACAGGUGCUUUAACCACCACUAGUGCCGCUCCAAUCAGCGCAGCUCCAACGAUCAAGAGCACUGCUCCAACCACCACAGCCGCUUCAACAACAACCACAGCUGCUUCACACAGCGCCCUCACCAGCGCCGCUCUAAUAAGCACUGCAGCCACUCCCACCACCACUACCACUCCAAACAGCACCGUUCCGACAACUACGAGCACCCAUCCAUCCACCACCUCCGCUUCAACAACCACCAAAGCUGCUCCAAAAAGUGCCUCCACCAGCGCUGCUCCA